AUGGCGGAUCCACGAGGGCACCGGGAGAGGACAGACGCAGCUGCGACCGGGCGCAACGAAGAAAAGCAGCAGCGUGAUGGAAAGGACCCAGCGGAAUCGAUGCAUCACGACGGUAGCUUUGGCCGUUACAUGCAGUUAAAGGUGGUGAAGCUUCGUGAGCAGUUCGAUGCACAGCAGCUGCAGAACAUCGCCACUAAAUCCGACAUCUUUCGGGGCGUAUCUAUAUAUGUCAACGGAUUCACGCGACCAUCGCAUGCGGAGCUGAAGCAGCUCAUGGCUCUCCACGGCGGCCGCUUCGAAAACUACCUCAACCGCGACAGCGUGACCCACAUCAUCUGCAGCAACCUUCCCGACACCAAGAUAAAGCAGCUGGCGCACGAAAGGCGAGGAACAGCACCACCAGCACCACCAGCAGCAGUAGAUAAGAGAGCCGCAAAGCCCAUCCCUAUCGUAAGGCCCGAGUGGGUGGUGGCAUCGAUCAACGCGGGGAGAUUGCUUCCGAUCUCCGACUUCCAGCUGGAGCCCCUGUCCGCCGCCCACCCCAACCAGCGGCGGCUGUUUGACUUCAAGCGCCAUGCCGCCCCAAAACUGCCCCCCGAGGAGCUCUACCCCGUGCUUAUGGGCCAGGGCCAGGGGCAGGGGCAGGUAGGACAACAGCAGCAGGAGGAGGGGCGGCAGCAGCAGCAAGAGAAGGGAUUGGAGCGGCAGGGGCAGCAGCAGAAGCAGCAGCAGCAGCAGGAGGAGGAGGAGGAACUGGAGGGGCGGCGGCCGGAGGAGGUGCAUGAAGUUGGCGAGGGCCGCCCCGCCAAGCGACAACGUGUCACCAGAAGUGUGGUCCGUGGCGAGCCGGGACAGGGGCCCGGGGCGGGUCGUGCCCAUGAGCUGCGGGUGUGGCAGGUGCAGCACCGGGGGGAGGAGGAAGAGGGGGAGGGGGGACAGCAGCAGCAGCAGCAGCAAUGUCCGUCGGCGAUGCACCAGCGCGUCCGCGCAACAGCACAAGGGCCCCAGCAGCAGCAGCAGCCCCUACUGCCCCACGGGUUCGUAGACAGCGUCGCACCGGGCGGCACCCGCGCGGCGCUGCUGCACCAGGCUGGAGGCCUGGGAACCGGUCCGGGCCCGCCUUCUUCGCAUCCUCGGCGACCCUACCCCGCAGCCGCAGCGGCCGGCACGGGCAUGGCUGGAACCAGUAGCGGCAUCAGCGUGCCCGUGCCCCUGCCUUUGCCCUGUCCAGCACGUCCCCGUGGCAGCGGCAGCCCUCCCCCUCCCCACACUGCUGUGGAGGGCGCCUCUCGCGGCGGUGGCGGCGGCGGGGUCGCCGUACCACCUGCCAGUGCCAAUGAAGCGGCAACGAGGGUGGCAGGGGGCCCGGGCACGAGCACAGCCGCAGCGAAUGCAACAGCAGCAGUCCCCGGCGGCGGCGGAGCUGCCAGGGGUUCCGCAAGUCCCAGCGGAGGUUCGGGUUCGAGUCCCGGCGUGCGCAGAUCUCGUGGUGGUGGCAGCCCGCAGUCUGGUGAUCAGGCUCAGGCUCUGGCGGCGGAGCUGAGGGCGGCUAGCGAUGCGGCCAGGGGACCACCCAGGUCAACCCGCACCGACCCACGGUUCAUGGAGACGUUCUUCAAGUCCUCGCGGCUGCACUUCAUCGGCACCUGGAAGACCCGCAUCGAGGCGCUCAUGGCGGAGGUGGAGGGGACGGCACCCAAUCCGGCGCCGUACACCAAGGGCACGGAGCGUGUGGUGAUGCACGUGGACAUGGACUGCUUCUUCGCGAGUGCGGCUCUGGUGGGGCGGCCCGAGCUGGCGGGCAGGCCGCUGGCUGUGUGCCACUCCAACAGCGCCCGGGGUACCGGGGAGGUGUCGUCAGCCAACUACCUGGUGAGCAGGCGCGGGGGUGAGGCGGCCCGCUCGUUCGGUGUCCGUGCCGACAUGUUCAUCGCCGAGGCACGGCGCCGCUGUCCGGAUCUGGUGGUGGUGCCGUACGAGUUUGAAAAGUAUCAGGAGAUUUCGGAGCAGGUGUACCGCAUUCUGAUGUCGUACACGUCUAUCGUACAGCCUAUGUCCUGCGACGAGGCAUUUCUGGACGUCACCGGGUUGGUUUCGGAGCCCAGCGGGCCAGAGGAGCUCGCGGCUCGGCUGCGGUACGACAUCGCGACCGCGACGCAGUGUACAGCGAGUGCGGGCAUAGGGCCCAACAUGCUGAUCGCCAAGCUGGCGACGAAGCGUGCCAAACCCAACGGACAGUUCCGAGUGACCCGUGGGUCGGUGCUGGAGUUCCUGGGGGACCUCAACGUGGACGAGUUGCCAGGUGUCGGUUGGUCCAUCGCCUCCAAGCUCGAAGACCAGCUGGGUAUCACCCGUGUACGGCAGGUGUGGUCCGCCUCCCGUACCUUGCUUCAGAAGCGGCUGGGCGCCCGGGCGCGCAAGUCGGUGGGUGCGGAGGUGAACUACGGCAUCCGCUUCGAGUGCGAGUCCGAGGGUGGUCGGGGGGAGGUGGAGCGCUUCCUGGGGGACCUGGCGGGGGAGGUGGCGGCGAGACUUAGGUCGGCAGGCGUCCGUGGCAGGUGUCUGGUGCUCAAGGUGAAGCGGCGCCAGGCGGGCGCUCCGGAACCCGCCAAGUUCAUGGGGCACGGAGCCUGUGACAACAUCUCCCGCUCGGUGACCAUGAGUCGCUUCACGGCAGAGGCGGGGGACCUGCGCGCGGCGGCUGUGGGGCUCCUGCGGGCCCUGGCCAUACCCCCGGAGGAGCUGCGGGGCCUGGGGAUCACGGUGUGCAAACUGGACAACGACCCGGCCAGUGCCACCACCAGAGCCUCCGCACCGGCUGCAGCCAAAUUGCAGGCCCCGCCGCGCACAGCCUUCGACGCCUCCAAGCCUCCUCCCUGGGCCGUCUACUUCAAGCGCAAGGCCCAACAACAACCGCAACAGCAGCAGCAGGAAGCGGAGGCGGAGCCGCCCUCUGCAGCAAUGGCCGCCGCUUCAACAGAACAAGGCCAAACCCCGAGCACGGCGCUCCUAACGUCCCCCAGCGACUCCCUCACAGCCGCCACCGCUACAGCCGCCCCCUCGACCCCCGCCAAGUUCCACCCUACCGGGGGCGCAAGGCAGGGGGGUUCAGCGGCCGCCGCUACUGCCGUGGUGAGUCCUGGAGCCCUCCUAAGCGCGGGGGCAGUAGCAGCAGCAGCAGCAGCACCUGGACCCGGGGAACGUGGGGGGAAUGGCGCACCAGCUGCCAGGCCGGGAGCAGGAGCCGGAUCUGGGCGGGGGCAUUUAGCGGCGCCGGCCGGCCAGUCACCGGCAGCAGCUGGAAUAUGCGCCGCAGGAGCAGCAGCAGUCGCAGCAGGAGGGGUGGAGGACGUGCCCAGUUGGUACGCGGCUUUGUACAACGAGUGGUCGCCUGUUUCGGUGUGGGAUCAGCAGCGCAAACAACAGCAACUGGCGGCGCCGGCGCAUCAACAGCUACACCAGCUACAGCAGGGGGUAGGGCAGCGCGCUUCGCCAGCCGGGAUGCCGCCGGCUGAGUGGGCUGAUGGAGCAGCUUUCCGUUCCACGUCUUUCGCUGCCGGAGCCGGUACUACUGCCCCAGCCGCUGCGCCAGCAGCAGUAGCAGCGGCAGGAGCAACGGCGCCGCCCUCGGAGGUUGGCUGUGUGGCUGCCAUAGGUACAGGAGGACAGGCAGUAGCGGCACAGCCCGGACCGCAGCAGCAGCACUUGCCGGCAAGGAUUGAUGCGGCAUCGGAGGUGUCCGCGCACUCGGCAGCGGGAGGGAGGGAAGGAGCGCCGGCGGCCGAUGCAGGGGCUCGGAGCCGACCCCGACCUCGGCCUCGACUGCACCCAGUCUUCGCCGCGCUUCUCUCGCAACCGGGGGCGGUCGCAGGCCGCAGCUGCGGCGGCGACGGCGGCCAGGGAAGCAAGCCUGGAGGGGGAAGAGAGGUGACGGCGGCGGCUUCGCCACCGGCGCCAUCUGUCACAGCGGCGGAUGCGGGAGCUGCAGCCCCCGUCGACGCACUGGUUCAGACAGCUGCUACAGUGCAGGUAGGUGGCGGCCCUUCAAGCAAGGGAAGCCUGUUCGGAGGUGGCGGAGAUAUAGCCCACCAAGAUCCUGCUGGCCACCUCGCAAGGCCACCGCAGCCGCCCGAGCAACAACAACAGCAACAGCUGGUGGGGGUCACGACAGCGGCGGCCGCUGCCAGGGGGUCGACAGCGGCGGCCGCGGGUGGCCACAACGUCCUCGAUUGCCCGCUUCCACAGCCAUCUAGGCCUGCUGCAUCCGGCACCCACGGAGCCAUGGGAGCAGCCGGCCCGCCGCGGGUGCCGAGGGUGCCAGCGGCGCCGCCAGUGCCGGCCGUGUCCACGGCCUCCGCUGGCGCCGGCCCGUCAGCCGCCAGCGGCGGCGACGCCGUAACGCGUGUGAUGGAGUCUAUUGACCUCUCCAUCGACCUAGUGGAUGAUGAUGACAGCGAAGAUGAUACCGGCGGUCCGGCAGGUAGCACCUCUGGCGUCUCGGGCAGUGCAGCCGCCCGGUGGCCCGCUGGCUUCCUGAAGCCGCCGGUAGGUGGGGGCUCGGGGGGCCGGGCGGCCGGCCGGGGCCGGGGCCGGGGCGGCCGGGGCCGGGGCGCGGCUGGUUCCGGCGGUGGCCGAGCCACCGGCGUCGCCGUCGGCCGGAAUGGUGCUGGCGGUUGUGACGGCGGCGGCGGCGGCGGCGGCAGCUCAAUGCCACGGGGACACCAGGGCCUACAGCCAGCGAUGGCCGCGGCGGUGGGUGCUGCCUCGGCGGCGACGGCGUUCCAGAUCGACUUGUCGGUGUUGGCGGAGUUACCACCAGAUGUACGACGGGAGGUGGAGCGCGAGUACGCAGGUCUCCUUGCGGCGCCAGCAACCCGCCAUACCGCGCCUGGGCCAGCUCCGGGCCCGGCGCGCGGCACACGGCGCGCACACGGCAGUAACAGCGGCGGCGGUGUCGCCGCUCAGCCGCCGCAGGGCGUGCGGCAUGUGGCGACGGGUGCGGGGCAGAGUGCCGGUGGCGGUGACGAUGUUGCGCCUCAGAGCGCUGCGGACCGUGGAGCUGUUGGCCGUGACCGCCACGUGCAAGCUAUGGACAUGGACUCCUUGCAGCGGCGCAGCACGGGCGCUGAGACCGGAGUAGCGGAAGGUGUGGAUGGCGGCGCCGCCAGGCCUUUAGUUGCGGCGGCAGCCGCACCGGGGGUGAUGCCGACGAGUAUGGCCGACGUGGAUUUUGCCGUGCUUAACGAGCUGCCCGUUGAGCUUCGGAGCGAGAUCACCGCGGAGCUGCGGCGGCGUCAAGUGGGGAAUGGGGCAGCAGUGAAGGGCCCGGUGUUGCCGCCUUCGGCGCACUUGCCCCCUCCCCCUGCGCGAGGCCCCCCUGAUGUCCAUGUUACCGGUUCUGGACCUGUGAACAGCGGCAAUGGGGCGUCCGUGCCCGCGGUGGUGGCAGUCGGGGAAGCCCAUGCGGCAGUGUUGCGGCGUGAAGGUGGCUCGCGGGUUGCGGCCCCGAAGCCAGCAGCAGGAGGAGAAGGAGGCUCAGGUAUGCCGCCGCCGCCGCCGCCGCCGCAGUUUCGGUUGGGACUUUCCGAACCCAGUGGCGGCGAUGGGGUUGCUAAAUGGGCCGGUCUGGCAGCGACUCGGGCGGGCAGUCCUGACAUCGAGGAGGUGAUGGCAGUGGCCGCGUUGCCUGCGUCCGCAGAUCCGCAGCAGCGGCUCGCGGCGGCGGCGGCGCACAUGUUCUUUGGCUCUCAGGGCACGGUGUCUGGUCCGGCAACUAUGGCGGCCGCGGCUGCAGCGGCGGCUACGGCAGUACGAAUUGAAGGAGGCUACUCAGACGCCGACGUGCGGCGAGCAUUCCUAGCAGCCAUUCGCAGCGCCUGUGCGCGUGCCGGUGUGGUUGCCGUGGGCGGCAAUAGCAACGGAGUGGAGGAGGUGGCGGUGGAGGGACGGGAUGGAGCCGCGGCUGCUGACGGCGGCCGCGGAGACAGCGGUCAAAUUCGUGCAGCUGCAGGAGUGCGGACGCGGAGGGGCCCGAGUGAGGGAGCAACCGGGGAGGUGGCGCUGGCGGCUGUGGCAGAAGAGGACGGUGCGGGUGGUGAAGGGGAGAACCGGCGGAUACAGGUGACAUUCAUGGCGCUGGCCCUGUGGCUUAUCAGCCAGGAUCAUGACCUGGAGGGGGUAGUGGCAAUGCUGCGGCAGGUGCUUCGCGCCCAUCAGCUGCUCUGGAUUGAGACUCAACGGGUUGUUCAGGCAGUGCGGGAGCAUGUGCUGCACAAGUUUGGAUUCUUGAUGAAGUUGUAA